AUGAAUCAGCUCUUAAUGUUAAAACCAUUCGGUGUAUUUGGAACAGUUCUCGCACUAGAUGGACCACAACGAUUUAACUAUACCUCAAUAAUGAUUGUUAACAGUGACUUCUUAAAAUCUAAUGUAUACUAUGCUAUCGCUCUUGAAUAUAACACAACGUAUUAUUAUGGAGCAAAUCAAUCACAGAAAUUUUCGUUUAAUGCAGUUACCAAUUUACAAUCAAGUAUUCAUCUAGAUAAGAAAGUUGGUUAUUAUUCAUUAGCAAUUAUAUCUGGAUGUACAGCCUUUUCAUGUUUAUUCUUUACAAAUCCUCUUAUCUUCUUAUGCGGAUAUAAAUGGACAAUUGUAUUAGCUCAAGUCGGUUUUCUCUUCUAUAUCGCUGCAAAUAUCUAUCCAAAAGUAUGGCUUAUGUAUCGAGCUUCCGUUGUUUGUGGUUUAUUUAAAGCUGGUUUUUGGACAGCACUUAGUGCCUAUGUCAGUGAUUUGAGUAUUGGUAAAGCGACUGGACCUGUGGCAGAUGCUGCCAUUAACAAAUAUUUUGGGAUCUUCUUUUCAACAUUUCAAAGUGGUCAAAUUUGGGGCAAUUUAGUCUCCUAUAUUGUCUUAAGAUAUAGUAACAAUAAUAAUUAUAACAAUACACUAUCGAUGAUGAUAGACAAUUCUAGUCAACUACAACGUGGUGCUCAUUUCUUAGAAAAUGAACAGAAAGAAACAAAUAGAUCUACUGUCAUAGCCAGUUCAACAGCUUAUAUUCUUUAUGGUAUUUUUAUUGGAAUAAUCAUCAUUUCAAUCAUUCUGGUUAUUCUAAUACUGGAUCAAAAACGUAAAUGGAAAAAAGCGACAAUAAAAGAUUUAAUCAUCGAUUCUCGGCAUUUUGUUGUUGAAACAUUUAAACAGAUGAAAUCUGUCAAACAACUACUUUUGCUACCUUUAGCAUUUUGGAUUGGAACGUACUUAGGUUUUGUCUAUGCAAUUUUUACAAGUAGUUUCAUUGCUUGUACUCAUGGAUUAUCUUAUGUUGGUUUAAUCAUGAUCACGUAUGGUAUUACUACUUCUAUUUUCAGUGUCAUCGUUGGUUGGCUUGAAAAAUACAAGAUUCGUAUACCUUUUUACAUUCUCGCGGCUAUUCUAUGUUAUGCAUCAUACAUCGUAAUGCUUGUAUGGAAACCAAUACCAUCACAAACCUAUGUUUUAUUUAUAUUAGUUGGUAUGCAAGGCAUCGCUGGUGCUAUUUGGGAUCCGAUAGAAGCUGGUAAGUGAAAGAUUUUUAUCAUCUGUUUGAAGUAGUUCUUCGUAUCUAGCAUUAUAUGGAAUUUUAUUUGUGAAUAAAGAGGAGGCGGCGUAUUCGAAUUUAUGGUUAGGUCAAAAUAUUGGUUAUUUUGUUGUUUAUUUAUGUGGGCCAUCAUUACGUGUUCAGACAAUAAUUAUCUUACAACUAGUAUAUUUAACAAUAGCUUUGCUGGGAUAUUUUGCUGUGGAAAUUCGACAAUAUAGAAAACGUCUAAUGAUUGCCUCUAUUGAUAAUGAUUUUAAAGUUUCUACCAUUUUUUAAUUUCUUUUAA